AUGGCUUUGGAUUGCUCUUGCCAACGACUUCCGGUAAACUGCGGCAAGCCUCCGCCUAUUAAUUGCAAAGCGGGCCUCGUCAAGGAUGCCUGCGAUUGUUGUUUUGUAUGCGCUAAAGUUAAAGGUGAACUGUGCGGUGGGCCGUCUUUUACGAAGGGUCGAUGCGCCAAUGGUUUGAUCUGUUACAUGAGUUUCGAGCAGUCUAUCCAAUCAGAAGGAAGAUGCGUAUUAGCAGCUCGUAGAAUUUCAGGUGAACCUUGCGGGGAUGCUUGGCAGCAAGGAGAUUGUACAUUCGGAUUAAUAUGUUCGCAAAUCACGCCAGGAAAAGUCGGGAGAUGCACUCGAAAAAAAAACAGCUGA